CAGGCUCGGGGCGCCGCGCAAAGGAGGCUGUCGCUCUGGCUCGCCGCCCCCCGCCGCCGCUCCGCACCGCGCCCCGCCGCCGCGCCGCGGACCAUGGACCUGACCCGGGGCCUCCUGGUGGCCUGGGUCCUCAGCCUGUGGCCAGGGUUCACGGACACCUUCAACAUGGACAUCAAGAAGCCCCGAGUCAUCCCCGGCUCCAGAGCCGCCUUCUUUGGCUACACGGUGCAGCAGCAUGACAUCAGCGGCAAGAAGUGGUUGGUCAUCGGCGCUCCACUGGAAACCAACGGCCACCAGAAGACAGGAGACGUGUACAAGUGUCCAGUGACCCAAGGGAACUGCACCAAGCUCAACCUGGGAAGGGUCACGCUAUCCAACGUGUCCGAGAGGAAAGACAACAUGCGUCUCGGCCUGAGCCUGGCCACCAACCCCAAGGACAACAGCUUCCUGGCUUGCAGCCCCCUCUGGUCUCAUGAGUGUGGGAGUUCCUACUACACCACAGGGAUGUGUUCACGAGUCAACUCCAACUUCAGGUUCUCCAAGACCGUGGCCCCAGCUCUCCAAAGGUGCCAGACCUACAUGGACAUCAUCAUCGUCCUGGAUGGUUCAAACAGCAUCUACCCCUGGGUGGAGGUUCAGCACUUCCUCAUCAACAUCCUCAGGAAGUUUUACAUCGGCCCUGGGCAGAUCCAGGUUGGAGUCGUUCAGUACGGAGAAGACGUGGUACAUGAAUUUCACCUCAAUGACUACAGGUCUGUAAAAGAUGUGGUGGAAGCUGCCAGUCACAUUGAACAGAGAGGAGGAACAGAGACCCGGACGGCCUUUGGCAUUGAAUUUGCUCGCUCAGAGGCUUUCCAGAAGGGUGGAAGGAAAGGGGCCAAGAAGGUGAUGAUUGUCAUCACGGAUGGGGAGUCCCAUGACAGCCCAGACCUGGAGGAGGUGAUCCAGCAAAGCGAGAGGGACAACGUGACCAGAUACGCUGUGGCCGUCCUGGGCUACUACAACCGCAGGGGGAUCAAUCCAGAAGCUUUUCUAAACGAAAUCAAAUACAUCGCCAGUGACCCCGAUGACAAGCACUUCUUUAACGUCACUGAUGAGGCGGCCCUGAAGGACAUUGUCGACGCCCUGGGGGACAGGAUUUUCAGCUUGGAAGGCACCAACAAGAAUGAAACCUCCUUCGGGCUGGAGAUGUCACAGACGGGCUUUUCCUCUCACAUAGUGGAGGACGGGAUUCUGCUGGGAGCCGUUGGUGCCUAUGACUGGAAUGGAGCUGUGCUAAAGGAAACCAGCAGUGGGAAGGUCAUUCCUCUCCGAGAGUCCUACCUGAAGGAGUUCCCCGAGGAGCUCAAGAACCACGGCGCAUACCUGGGGUACACAGUCACAUCGGUCGUGUCCUCCAGGCAGGGGCGGGUGUAUGUGGCCGGAGCCCCCCGGUUCAACCACACAGGCAAAGUCAUCCUGUUCACUAUGCACAACAACCGGAGUCUCACCAUCCACCAGGCCCUGCAGGGCGAGCAGAUAGGCUCUUACUACGGGAGCGAGAUCACCUCAGUGGACGUCGAUGGCGACGGUGUGACUGAUGUCCUGCUGGUGGGCGCACCCAUGUACUUCAGCGAGGGCGGAGAGCGGGGCAGGGUGUACAUCUACAACCUGAGACAGAGCCGGUUUGUUUACGAUGGAACACUGAAGGAUUCCCACAGUUACCAGAAUGCCCGAUUCGGCUCCUCCAUCGCGUCGGUUCAGGACCUCAAUCAAGAUUCCUACAACGACGUGGUGGUGGGAGCCCCUCUGGAGGACAACCACAGAGGAGUCAUCUAUAUCUUCCACGGCUUCCAGGACAGCAUCCUAAAGACACCGAAGCAGAGAAUCGCUGCCUCAGAGCUGGCUCCAAGCCUCCAGUAUUUUGGCUGCAGCAUCCAUGGGCAAUUGGACCUCGACGAGGAUGGGCUUGUGGACCUGGCUGUGGGCGCCCUUGGCAACGCCGUGAUUCUGUGGUCCCGCCCUGUGGUUCAGAUCAAAGCCAGCCUCCACUUUGAGCCAUCCAAGAUCAACAUCUUUCACAGGGAUUGCAAACGCAGUGGCAGAGACGCCACCUGCCUGGCCGCCUUCCUCUGCUUCACACCCGUCUUCCUGGCACCUCAUUACCAAACUUCAACAGUCGGCAUCAGGUAUAACGCCACCAUGGAUGAGAGGCGGUACACGCCGCGGGCCCACCUGGAUGAGGGUGGGGACCGGUACACCAACAGAGCUGCCCUGCUCUCCUCCAGCCAGGAACACUGUGAGCGGAUCAAUUUCCAUGUCCUGGACACUGCUGACUACGUGAAGCCAGUGACCUUCUCGGUCGAGUACUCCCUGGAGGACCCCGACUACGGCCCCAUGCUGGAUGACGGCUGGCCCUCGACCCUCAGAGUCUCGGUACCCUUCUGGAAUGGCUGCAAUGAGGAUGAGCACUGUGUCCCUGACCUCCUGCUGGAUGCCCGCAGUGACCUGCCCACAGCCAUGGAGUACUGCCAGAGGGUGCUGAGGAAGCCUGCCCAGGACUGCUCUGCGUACACACUGUCCUUUGACACCACAGUUUUCAUCAUAGAGAGCACACGGCGGCGGGUGGCAGUGGAGGCCCUGCUGGAGAACAAGGGCGAGAACGCCUACAGCACAGUCCUAAAUAUUUCACAGUCAGCAAACCUGCAGUUUGCCAGCUUGAUCCAGAAGGACGACUCAGACGGCAGCAUCGAGUGUGUGAACGAAGAGAAGAGGCUCCACAAGAAAGUCUGCAACGUCAGCUACCCCUUCUUCCGGGCCAAGGCCAAGGUGGCUUUCCGCCUCGAUUUCGAGUUCAGCAAAUCGGUCUUCCUGCACCACAUGGAGAUCCAGCUCACAGCGGGCAGUGACAGUGACGAAGAAGAGAGCACCAAGGAAGACAACACGGCCCUCCUACGCUUGCACCUCAAGUAUGAGGCUGACGUGCUCUUCACCAGGAGCAGCAGCCUGAGCCACUACGAGGUCAAGCCCAACAGCUCGCUGGAGAGAUACCAUGGCAUUGGGCCUCCCUUCAACUGUGUUUUCAAGAUCCAAAACUUGGGCUUGUUCCCCAUCCACGGGGUGAUGAUGAAGUUCACUGUUCCCAUCGCAACCAGGGGUGGCAACCGGCUGCUGCUGCUGAAGGGCUUCCUCGCUGACCAGGCAAACACGUCCUGUAACAUCUGGGGGAACAGCACUGAGUACCGGCACGCCCCGACGGAGGAGGACCUGAGUCGUGCCCCACAGCUGAAUCACAGCAACGCUGAUGUAGUUUCCAUCAACUGCAAUGUGAGGCUGGCCCCCAACCAGGAAAUCAGUUUCCAUCUGCUGGGGAACCUGUGGUUGAGGUCCCUAAAAGCACUCAAGUACAAGUUGAUGAGAAUCACAGUCCAUGCAGCCUUGCAGAGGCAGUUCCACAGCCCUUUCAUCUUCCGCGAGGAGGAUCCCAGCCGCCAGAUCACAUUUGAGAUCUCCAAGCAAGAGGACUCACAGAUCCCCAUCUGGAUCAUCGUGGGCAGCUCCCUGGGGGGCCUCCUGCUGCUGGCGCUGCUGGUCCUGGCACUGUGGAAGCUCGGCUUCUUUAAAAGUGCCAAGCGCAGGAGGGAGCCCGGCCUGGACCCCACCCCCAAAGUGCUGGAGUGAGGCUCCGGGGGAGGCUGAGAGUUGAUGGGGGCCAGGACACGGGCCCAGGCAGUGUGCAGGCCCGUGGCCCACCGAGCUGGGGUGGAGAGGACGCCGGCUCGCUUUGCACUUGACCUCAUCUCCUGAGAGACCAAGUCUGCUCCCUCUGAAAAGAACUCAAGUCAGUUUUAAGAGGGACUGUCCUACUGGGAGCCAUGGCACCUCCAACACAGAUCCCUAGGGAUUUAAAGGGACCCCCCCCCUCCCAAGGUACACCCCAAAGCCGCCCCCAGGCUCUGUGGGGGCAUUUGCUGCCCCCAUCACUAAGGUGCUAG